AAGUGAGAACUUCUCCAAAUCAUACACGUCCAGCGUAUCCCUCCGUCCACAAUAGGGAUGCUCGAUUCUCACCACCUUCAUGGCACCAUACAAACUACCGAUAGACUAGAAAUUAUAAAUCACCAAGUUCUGGACUCGGUGUUCGGGCCCCCAGGUGAAAGAACGGAAGCACGCGUCUUAUGGCGAGCAUUACAUCAUGGAUCUCGUCGUCUAAAAGAUGACUAGUCAAGCUUUUUGUCUGCACGCGGAACUCGCGCGGGUUUUGCGGGGGUCUCGGCGCGGACUUAAGCCGCGUGCAGGUCCCUGGCAAUCCUCUUUCGAGUCAUCGAUUCAUACAAUCCACAUUUGUUCGGUGGGCGGAUGCUGCGGGUUGUUUGUAGCUAUGCAUCACACAGGACGGAAGAAGCAUUCGAUGGAUGGAAUCACAAUUGAAUGUAGUGAUGAUCGUGAAGCGAUGCGAUUGAAUUGUAUUCAGUGCGCAAUAUCCUUGCUCAUCGUCGCGGUGUUCUCUACCGGCUUCAACCCACCAUUGGGCGCCGGGAGUCACUACCGUCUGCUAUCAUACAAAUACAUAGCCAAAAAAGGAAUGGUUUAGAACAUCAUCGGACCUGAACAACCUCGUGGGUUCUGCCAUUCCUCAACGCCGUAGACCGUCAGCCAAUACAGGACCCCAAGGAUCGAAGA